AUGAAAUUAGUUUGUGAAUUUAAUUACAUUAAUUGGCUUGCAAUUGGAAACAAAUACACGAGUACUAUUUCUUCAUCUUCAAUAACAGAGCCAAACACGAUUAUUCAAAAAAUAGAUGGACAACAUUUGAAUGGAAAAAAUGACAGAGAUGUCGAAGCGAUUCGUUUUAGUGAUACAACAGUCAACUACUUCCCUAACGCAUUGAACAAAAUUUUUCCUAAUUUGAAAUCAGUUGAAAUUUAUAAAUGUGGAUUGAAAUCAAUAACACGAAGAGAUUUGAUUGGACUAGAAAAUGUUCAGAGAUUAAGUUGUGGUAACAACAAUAUCAGUUCACUUCCAGAUAAUCUGUUUAGAAAUAUGAAGAAACUUAUUGACAUUUCAUUCCGCGACAAUGAUUUGCAUUGCAUGUCCUCAGAACUUCUCAUGCCAACAUUGAUAAAUAAUAUAAAACUCGUAGAUUUUCGUGAGAAUCAAUCCAUUGACGCUGUUUAUUGUGACUCAUCUUAUAUGCAAAUAUUGAGUGAAAAGAAAGUUGAUUCUUUAGCCCAGUUGGUGGCCAUAAUUGAUCAGAAAUGUGAUAAGCCAAUAAACGAUAACUGCAACAGAAUCAAAAACAUCGCUUCAGAAGGAUUCAAGGAACUUUGGGCAACUGGCCGUUUGUCGGACAUCACGAUUGUCACUGACACAGAGAAAUUAAAACUACACAAAACUGUUUUAGCUAUUCAAAGUUCUGUUUUCACUUCAAUUUUUGAAGAUAAAAUGAAAGAUCGACCAUCUGAUGAAAUUCAAAUGACAAACAUAAAUUCCGCAGUCGUUAAGAUUUUCCUGAAAUUUCUCUACACAGAUGAGAUAGAAGAAAAAGUUGAAGUUUCAAAUCUGCUUGAACUUUUCUCCCUCGCAGCAAAAUAUAAAGUAGAAAAUUUAAUGAGAAUUGUUGAAGGGAUGAUCAUUGAUGAUCUAUACGUUGACAACGCCAUUGAAAUAUUUGAACUUGCAUGUCGCUAUGAUUGUGAUAAGAUGAAAACUUCAGCAUUUGAAUUCAUUCAAUCAAUAUUUGUUGAACCAUUGAAAGAUGAAUUGAUGAACCAACCAGAAGUUGUCAAAGAACUUAUUGAAGCUAAAAGGAAUUUCGAUUCUAUGAUGAAUAAAUACAAGAAAAAUUAA